CAAAUUGAUGCAAUGAAUCACGAGGAAAGAGAAAGAACUAAGUCUGAUUAUUUCCUGUAAGAAAAAAAUGCAGGGAAUUCACCUGUGAAAAGGGGAGGGAGCAGUUAAUACAGAGAGGUGUAUAGAGGGAACCACUGACAGGCAAACGCACAGUCAGAACACAGCUAUAGAAGAGUAGACUCACAGGAGAACAAGAAGAAGAACAACAUGGGAAACUGGAUUGCAAAUAACUGGUUUUCUGUUGUGGUCCUGGCUGCCUGGCUGGGACUCAAUAUCUUCAUAUUUAUAAAUUUCUUCAUGAUUUAUGAAAAAGGGACAUCAUAUGCAUAUACUAGAGUGAUACUGGGGUCUGCCUUAGCCUGGGCCCGUGGUUCUGCAGCGUGCCUGAACUUUAACUGCUUGCUCAUUCUACUUCCUGUUUGUCGGAAUCUCCUGUCCUUCCUGCGGGGUACCUGCACUUGUGUUCAACGCUCAAUGAGAAAACAACUCGAUAAUAAUCUGGCUUUCCACAAACUCGUAGGAUAUACAAUUGCUCUGAUGACAGCUAUUCACACCAUUGCCCACUUAUUCAACGUUGAACGAUUCUGCGAUGCGGCACAAGAGAAAACAAGCACUCUUGUAGGAAAGCUUUCAAGCAUUGGAGAUAGUGAUGGAACUUGGCUGAAUCCAGUACGAUCAGCAGCACAGACACCACCCAUCGUGGCAUUCACUACUAUUGCUGGUUUAACAGGAGUGGUGAUCACACUGGCGCUGAUCAUCAUGAUCACCUCUUCCACUGAGUUUAUUCGCAGAUGUUACUUUGAGGUUUUCUGGUAUACCCACCACCUGUUUGUCAUCUUCUUCAUAGGUCUCGUGUUUCAUGGAGCAGGUCGUAUCGUACGAGGACAGACAUUAAACAGCAUGGAAAACAACAAUUAUGACAAAUGCCAUACCAACUUCCAACAGUGGCCGACCGGCAAAAGCAGUGACGAUGAUGAUGAUCACAAUGAUGAUAAAUGUGCAAUUCCUGUUUUCCAGGGCAGUGAACCUCAGACAUGGAAGUGGGUCUUGGCACCAAUGAUCUUGUAUAUUUUUGAAAGGAUACUGAGAUUUUACCGAUCCCGGCAAACUGUCGUCGUAACAAAGGUUGUCAGCCAUCCUUCUAAGGUCCUAGAGAUUCAGAUACAAAAACGAGGGUUCAAAAUGGAAGUUGGACAGUACAUCUUCAUCAACUGCCCCACUGUGUCAGCCUUAGAGUGGCAUCCCUUCACACUAACGUCUGCUCCAGAAGAAGACUUCUUUUCUGUACACAUUCGAUCUGCUGGGGACUGGACAGACAAUAUAAUUAAGGUCUUUCAGGAGCAAGCAGAAAACCCACCAAGACUUGAGGUGGAUGGUCCCUUUGGAACAGCCAGUGAAGAUGUCUUCCAAUAUGAAGUUAGCAUGUUGGUUGGAGCUGGCAUUGGGGUCACUCCUUUUGCAUCCAUCUUGAAAUCCAUUUGGUACAAAUUUCAAAGAGAUGACCAAAGACUUAGAACCAAAAAGAUUUAUUUCUACUGGAUUUGCCGAGAAACAGGGGCCUUUGCCUGGUUUGCUGAUCUCUUGCGCUCGCUAGAACAGGAAAUGAUUUGCUCGGGGAAAGAUGGAUUCCUCAACUACCGGCUUUUUCUUACUAACUGGGACAGCAAAAUUGCUGGGCAAGUUGUCAUUGGCUUCGAUACUGACACGGAUACAGUAACAGGUCUGAAGCAGAAAACCAGCUAUGGGCGUCCAAUCUGGGAUAAUGAGUUUUCAAAGGUGGCAGAAUUGCACCCUAGAUCCACAGUUGGUGUGUUUCUGUGUGGCCCUCAAGCUCUUGGCAAAUCCUUAAAGCAGUGUUGUCAUCAGUACUCCAGCCUUGACCCAAGGAAAGUUCAGUUCUAUUUCAACCAGGAAAACUUCUGAGCUGACCUGGGACAAUUUUAAGGACUCUGUGCAGCAUCGAACUGAUUUUCAUGGUGGACUCAAGGCAACCAACGAGGUGUUGAGCACAGAGAUUGGGUUUAGAAAGGUUUGCCUGCACAAGACAAGAAUAUACUGUAAAUAAAACCAUCAACCUGCCAAACAGUUUUGCAUAAAUACAUUUAUGGUCUAUGUAUUCUGGAACAUUCCUACUGAAAUUUCAGACUUUAUGAGGUCUCUCAGUACUUAGCACCUAUAAGAGAAGCAAGCUCUGGAGAUAAGAACGGGAAGAUCUCACUUAGAAAUUUGCUAUCAAGCAUUCUGAUUAGCCAUAAUGAGGAUCACAUGACACUCUUGAAUUGUUAGGCGUGCAAGGAAAAAAUGUUUUUGGUCAGUCAACUUAUUACAUUUUGUAAAUUUUUUAGGUCAAUGAGAUUUAAGAGUUACAGUUGGGUCAGUUAGCAACCCUCAAGGGGUGUUUGGCAGCUGGCAUAAACAUGAAUGGAAACCAGCAGGGUAAUUAAUGGGACCUCACCUACUAUCUACCUGUCUAGCUAGGGCUGUGACUGCAUAAUAAUAAUAAAAAUAAUAAAUAUAUUUAAAUAUAUAAUAUAAAUAAUUUAUAGGGGUUAUUCCUCUAUGUUGUCAACAUUAUUGUGUGUAUUGUAACAAUUUUAAUGUAAAAUCUUAGUGAACACUAAGGGAAAACAAUUUCAGUGGGAUACCCAGAGUGCACUGCCUUUGUACCAGGUACUACCAAUCUGUCGUAUGAGUUCUGACAUACCAGCCCAUUCAUACCAUAACAAGGGCUGAACAGCUCACAUUACCUUGAGCACCCUGAUUGGCACAAGCGUUUUAUAAGAGUUUUAUUUGUGUAAAUAUUACCCUACUGUUUCACAUGCCUGCUCUCUCUUCUUUGCAGCUGAACAGUUUUCUUCAAAUGGCUAUACUUUAUUCAUAUCCUCUGAGAGGAAUAACAAAGUUGCUGUAAUUUGCCAAACUGAACCCCCCGGUUUGUUUGGUUAUCUGCUGGGUGAGAACUAUAGUGUAGUAGCUGAUAAAUGACCACGGGUUUGUGUGACUCCCUAACUUAAGGUUCCUCUAUGGUGUCAGGUGCUGGUUUUACAAUACUGAAAUAAUAAUUGCCAAUUUGAUAUCUUUGGAAAGUAUAAAAACUUUUCUUUUUUAAUUUUUUUUGUUUUUGAAUAUUAAAUCAUUUUCUUCCAAACA